UUCCUCAGAAUAAACAAUGUUCUUUGUGAGGCUUCUGAAAUGAUCAGUUUUUUUAACUUUGAAUGACUGAGUGACUGACUUCUUUAUGAAAAUUGAGCGGAGUUUUCGGUGUCCGUUCACUUUUAUCAUUUUAUUUAUCGUUUUGUGACACGGCUGUUAGUUAUUUCUGUGAAUAGAUGUUAUAUGCAUAUAUAUAUAUCCUCUUUUAGGCGCGGGAUCUUCAAUAGUUUUGGGACAAUAGUGCGCUUCUCUGCUGGAGAGUCCGACUGGCCAGGUCCAGGAAGACGGAAACGUACGACAGCACAGUGCUGGCGCAGUCGCUCGAGCGGUGACAGAGUGUCCCCACUUAACGCACCACCACCGGCCCCUCCACUGAUGCGGUCAUCCGCCAUUUCAUUCCCAGCACCGACGGACGUAUCCGCAGAUGUUUUGACACCGGCGCCAUUUAGUCAAACUGUAUUUCUCGUCGGGGGAAUAAUUUCUGAUUCCGAGUGCGGACCUAAGGCUGUCACCUUGAAGUGGCGGUCGGGCUUGAGUGCUGCAAUGAUCCCACCGGCUACACUGGCUAGAACUUA